AUGACCAAUAUAUGUUUAUUAUCAACAACAACAACAACUUGUUUCGAUUGUUUACCCAAUGAACUUAUUUUAAUAAUUUGGGAAUAUUUAGGUAAUGUUGAAGCAAUUAGAAUAUUUGAAUCUAUGGAAUGUGAACGAUAUACAAAAUUAUUAGAAGAAUAUUAUUAUAAAAGUGUCAGUUUUCGUCAAACAUCAUUAUCAACUUUUCAACUUUAUUGUUCUCAUUUAUUAAACAAAAUUCGAUUUCAUGUAGAAACGUUAAAACUUGGUCAUGAAUUUGUUUAUUCUCAAUUACGUCUUUUUACUCAAAUGCGUCCAGCUUCUUUAUCAGUUAUAAAGAUGUUUCCAAAGCUACGAAGAAUUGUAUUAUACAAUAUUCCUGAAAUGAGUAGUGAUGAUCUUGAACCAUAUUUAUCAACUAUUCCAUUUCUUCAACAUAUAGAAGUUUCGAGAUGUUCAUUGACAAAAUUAUCAUCUUUACUAUGUUCAAAUCUACUUAAUCAUGACAAAAGUCAACUACAAAGUUGUAUUUUUCGUGGUACUUAUCAAAUGAAUGGUGUUAUUUUGUACGAACCCAUUCCAUCUUCUUAUCAAGUGCAACAAUCUCUUAUUGAUAUCCGAAUCAAUAUUCAAGAUUUGAUUUCAUUAAAAAAUUUACUUCAAUUUCUUCCGAAACUUUUGAAACUUGAUGUUCAUGUAUCCUCAGAUAUUACAAAUAGUGACAAUGAUGUGUUUAUUUCCUGCAUUUGUCCAUGUAUUUAUUUAAGAAAAUUAACUUUACGAAUAUUUGGAACGGUGCAAUACUUCACAAGUGUUGUGAACUUUAUUCUUUUGUUUCGUAAUAGUCUUACUCAUAUAGAUCUAUCUUUCGUUCAUAGAGAUUUAGCUUAUCAUUAUUCAUUAGUGUAUAUCGAUGGAAAUAUUCUUUUCGAUAAACUUCUAGUUCAUAUGUCAAAAUUAGAAAAAAUGAAUUUUUACAUCGAAACAGCUUGUUAUUCUAAUCAAGAAACAGCUUUAAUUAUUAAAUCAUUUCAAACAGGACAUACACUUAUACUUACACCACGUACAUAUUAUCAAUUAGAACAAAAUAAAAACUAUCUGGUAGAAUACUUUUUGAAUAUAGGACAUACACUCGGACUUAUACCUCGUACAUUUUAUCAACCAGAACAAAAUAAAAAUCAUCUGAUAGAAUAUGAUCAAUUCGUAUUAUUUCCACCCAUUCAAAAUCAUUUAAGGGAAGAACUUAUUAGCACUACAAUGACUUGGCUUAAUUGGAUGCCAUAUCUACGAAUAUUGAAUAUUGAUGCACAAAUGCUAUUGAAACUUGUACCAACAAUAAAUCGUAAUGGUACAAUCAAUCGAUUUCCAUUCCUUAAAGAACUUAUUGUGCGUCAGCUGGACAUACCUCUAAAUGAAGAUACUUUAAGUUUGAUUGUUCAAUUAAAUACUUCAUCAUCAUUGCGUAACAUUCGUAUUAUAAAAUAUAAAGAAUUGGACUCUCAAUCAAUCGAUAACAAUAAUUUUGUUUCUAAUAUUUGUCAAAUCUGUUGUAACAUGCAUAAAUUAGAAACAAUGACAAUUGUCUUCAAAGAUCCACAUUCAUUAUUUGAUACCACCAUAAUAGAAGAACUUGCUGGUAUUGAAAAGAAAAACUGCCAAUUGGAAUGUAUCUAUGUUUCUGAUAAUACUAUUCAGUUUUGGCUUGAAAAAUAG